CAAUCCGAUUUUCGACUCAGCAUUCAGCUAUACUUGGUUUUAAGUCUUUCAUUAAUCUCGCCGACCCUGAUAAUUGGACGUUUCAUCGGCGCGUUCUUCAGCUCAGCUCCCCGUCUUUCUUUUUGGCAAUCCGAUUUUCGACUCAGCAUUGAGCUAUACUAGAAAGUGGACGUGAUUUGAAAUCCAAAAUCAAAAUCGGAUAAAUUAAAAUAGUGAAGAUACGCGAUUGCCUCCUCUCCCUCCACCACUGACACAGCCUGGCGCGACAUUCAAUACCAUCCCGUCCAAUCGCAGGCCACAAAUCAAGCUUCUUGCGUCAACCAAAGAUUCACAAGAAACCGCGAGAACAUACUGAAUUUUGAGGCCUAGUCGGUGCCCUAUUCUUGAAAAGGAGGACGAAGCCGAAUCUUUAUCUAAGGACCUGGAGAAGCGAAUCAUCUCAGCCAACAUGCCCCCUGCCACUGGCACCACUCGACUGAAAUAUUGGAAUGCGAUCAUAUUUUUCACUUUAUCUCUGAAGCCUUUACUCAGCAUUUCAUCACCAACAUCUUCAUUGAAUGAUGAUCAAGCGCUUCCUCUCACUUGGCUUGACUUGGAAAAGGAAGCUCCAUUCUUCAAAGUCAAUCAACACUCCUUUCAAACACUUGAUUACAACUUUGAUUCAACGGACAUGUCGCCCAUAAUCCAGACUUUGCAAAUUGAUUCAGCCGGAAGUCAUGUUCGAAAACGUGAUGCUGACGAAAGCGUUGUUUACAAUAAUAGUAAGAACGGUGGGGUCCCGCAACCCUUGGCAAAGGCGACCACAACUCUAUUCAAGAUUUAUCCAGAUGUCCGCACUGUGUAUAUAGCCAUGGCCGUAAUUCCAGCUUUUAUAAUAUGCUACGGGGCGUUCUCAUCUUUUAUCCAUUCCAAGCUACAUCUAGGGGAAGCGAUGCUUGCCGUUACCUUUGGAAUCUUGCUUGGCCCAUAUGUCGCUGGAAUAUUCGAUCCACGCUCAUGGGGAGGAGAGGCAAGCUUUGACGAGGUGGUCCUCGAGAUCACCAGGAUAAUUGUCGCCUUGGAUGUGUUCUCAGUUGGAGUCGGAUUGCCUGCAGCUUACAUUCUGCAUCACUGGCGCACCAUGAUCUGCUUACUUGGACCAGUCAUGUUGGCCGGUUGGUUUAUCAGUGGCGCCUUUAUCUUGAUCUUCGUCCCGGCCCUCUCCUAUCUCGAAGCCUUAGCCAUUGCCGCCUGCAUCUGCUCAACUGAUGUUCUCCUUGCUUCUUCGGUCGUCGGGAAAGGGAAGUAUGCAAAAGACCACGUUCCAGCACAUCUAAGACACAUGUUGCAGGCCGAAGCUGGUGCCAAUGAUGGAAUGGCUAUUUUACUGCUAUACUUGACUCUGUUCAUCCUCUUGAGGAAAGAUUACUCAGUUGCACACGCCGUUGGAAGCUGGGUCACAAUUACCCUCUUGUAUCACAUAAUCGUAGGAAUUGUGAUGGGUGCGGUUGCAGGAAUCCUUGUGCGCGAGGGAUUAAAAUUUUCUGAAAAGCAUGGACUCAUCGACACCGAAUCCAUGGUGCCGAUAUACAUCUCCCUGGCCCUUCUGACUGCCGGUGUUUGUGUACUGGCUGGAACCGAAGAUAUCAUAGCUGCAUUUGCUUGUGGGACGGCUUUUGGAUGGGAUGGCUAUUUUUCUGAAGAGUUUAAAGCUUCCAAUUUUUCUGGCAUUAUCUCCCACUUAGUCAACACUUUUGCUUUCAUCUACGUUGGGGCCACCAUCCCAUUCAAAGCAUGGAACGAUGCCGUCUUGACAUUGGUAGCCUGGAAAAUGUUUUUGCUGGUGAUUUCUAUCCUUCUCCUCCGUAGGAUGCCAAUAAUGAUUCUCUUGCGAAAACUCAUGCCGGAGUUGAGAACAAACAAAGAAGCCUUGUUUUGCGCACAUUUUGGUCCGAUUGGAGUCAGUGGACUCUUCAUCAGUUUUUUGGCAACAAAGAAGCUCCCAACACCUAGCGUUCCAGCAAAAUGCAGUCUUGAUAUUCUUGCAUUGACGAUACAGCCGAUCAUGUAUCUGCUGAUAUUCUGUUCUACAUUCGUCCACGGUCUUUCUAUUCCGUUCUUCACAAUAACUAAACGUAUACGCCCUGGAACGAACUCUGUGAGAAGGAGUGGCUCAUUACCGUCUAGCAGGCCCAGUUUCAGCCACCAACAAGGGAGCACAUCUGAGAGACCAAGCUUAUCCAAUCAGCCACGAAGUGUGUCCAUGAACGAAAGCCGUCCCAUAUCAUUAAUAGCAUCGUCGUCCCCCUUACUCCCACAGGUGACCCUGACACCAUAUCUCGAACCUCUGCCGAUGCAUCAGCACAUAGGUAAUACUUCUCAGCCCAAGCUUACAAGCGCAUUUCCUGGUAAUCAGCCCGAUCAAAUCCUAAGUGAGGUGAUCAUAACACACGCCAGUUCAAAUCCAACAAUGUUCGAAGAUGAAGUGGCAAGCGAAGUGAGACCUUCAAUGGCAACAUCAUUCGAAAAGACUCUUCUCAGUCCUUCAGAUCCCCUCCGGGAGGACCAGCUAACAGGAAGCAGUCCCAGAACCAGUGUAUCUUGGUCAGAUCUUAGCUCAGAAAAAGUCGAAUUUUCUGAGUUAGAGGACAACACUUCAAAAAGGACAUGUGUGAGUCGGGAGGCUGGAGCUCAGGAUGGGGAAGAAGAGGACAUGGCAAGUUUGUACUUCACAGCAGGAUGCAGUAGGGAAGGUGUUGAACAGGAUUCACAACAUAGUACAGGGCCAAUAACGUUGGGCGAGUGGGAAGGGGCAGAAGUGGAGGAUGAUGGAUCACCAAAAACGACACCCCCUCAAGCUACUCAUGAGCUUCAUGCUUGCUUGUCAUUCAUCACACGACCAAGAAGCUUUUCGGGUCGCACAACCCCUGAUCUGAAGAAGAGUCGGAGGAUUUUGAGAGCAUCAAACAGUGACACCAUGCAGGAAGCUAUUACAGGCAGCCAAAGACAAUCAGCUUCCGGCUCAGAUUUGUCAAGUUCUCCUUCACUGAAUUGUUCAUUCAAUUUUGAUUCAGAUGGAAGCCCUGGUAGGUCUAACAUCAGUGGCAGCAGCCCUGGAAGAUCCGACAUCAAUCAGCUUACAUCCAAGGUCCAAGGACAGUGGGGGAACAUGUCAGGAAGUUUGCAAUACCCUCAAGGACCAAGACAAGCCCCCUCUGGAAUAUUCAACCAACCUGCAACACCAUGGAUAUCACAAGACUAA